CAGACAGGGACCCAAGCUCCCAGCUGCAUCUAUCCAAGCUCCACUCAACCAUGGGCAGCCUCAGACCUUCCCAUUGGCCCUUGAUCAUGGUCCACAUGCUUCUGAUGCAAACACAGCCCAUAAAGAUGCAGGGAAUUCAUCCUUUGUCCCAGAAACUGAGACGGCUCAACGAACAGUUCCAACAGUUCCAGGUGCUGACCCAGGCCCGUUUGGACAUGUUGGCCAUGAACCAGAACAGAAACUCCUCUAUCAGGCUGGAGAGCCGUGUUCAGGCUCUAAAUGACCAUCACCACCACUUAUCACGGGAUCUUGAACACCUCAAGCAGAGCACAACGCAGGAGAUAGAAGGUCUCAGAGAGUGGAGUAGGAAACUCGAGAAGAAGAGUAAGCGGAUGGAGGGUCGUCUGGCUUUGAUGGAGAGGAACCUGAGGGAGAACCGCCGCCACUCCCAGAAACAGAGGCCUGGUCUUGGUCAAGACUUCUUCAACCUAACCCUGGAGCUCCAGAACCAAGAGGAAAAGCUGGCUGCCCUUCAAGUCCAGCGAGACGAGCUGCUAGUUGGGCUGAAAGGGUUGCAUGAAUCCCUAAAAAACCAGGAGCUACGUGUGACCCGCCUGGAGGGGCGACUCGGCGAGGUCCUUCAAGGGAACGGAGGGGGUAACACUCGUGCGUUGGGGAGGUUGGGCGAACCCAUAAACUCCAACAUCACACCUCAAGAAUACUUCGAACCACGCAGGAGAAGCCAGACGCAUAGAGGAGGGAGACCUGGAAGGAUUCUGGAUGGACAUACCCAACCCAGGCCAGCAAGUACCAGCUAUUCUCAGACUGAUAGUGAUUCCCAGGUGAUGCCUCAGAACAGAAACCCCCCUCAACAGAAUCAAUACCAGGCAACACCAAACCAACCUAAACAUUCAAAAGCCCAGAAGCAAAGACCUCAGCCAGAAUCUCAUCCACAGGCACACAUUCAGUAUCCAAACCCUUAUCCCCAGUCUACUGACUACCUACCACAGCCUGAACCUCACGCUUACCGUCCCCAGUCACAGAUCCAGGUGGGGGCCCAGACACGGCCAUACCCAAUCCUGCAGGAGCAGCUCCAGUCUCGCCGGACUGUGCCUUAUCAUCAUGCCCAGGUCCAGCAACCAUCCCAGGCUCAAUUAUAUCCUCAGAGACAUCCCCAGUUACACAACCCAAAUCACCCGUCCUGGCCCCAGGCCCUAUCCCAGACUCAAACCCAUCCUGAACCCGAAGAGAAACAAAGCAGAACCAGACCGGGGGCUCCACAGCCCCAAGCUUCAGAUGUCCUCCCUCAGUCCCUGUCUGAGUCGUAUCAACCCAGGGUGAGUGGGUGGGAUGGAGGAGAAGAAGAAGAAAGCAACACAGAAGUGGAAUCUUCAGUAAUCCAUAACUUCCUCCAGCUGCCUUUGAGGCAAAAGAUCCCAGCACAGCCAGUUCCCAAGAAGGAUGCAGCCAUCUGUAACGUGGACUCCAUGCUGUUCUUCCCCUCAGCCUCAGUGGAGAACUAUGUCACCUUCGCCUUGAGUCUCCCCAACCUUCCUGAACUUUCUGUGUGUUUGUGGCUUCGUGUGGACACCUCACAUGUCGGCACGCUGCUCUCCUAUGCCACGCAUGACAACGACAACCAGUUAGUUCUGUAUGGACGUAACUCCUCUGCCUCAUCUGCUCUUGACUUCGUCAUUGGCGACCCUGUCUAUCGCCGUCUCCCUGUGUCUUUACUCCAUGACGCUCGCUGGCACCACCUCUGCAUCCUCUGGUCCUCCAUCCAGGGUCAUUUCUGGCACUACAAUGACCGGCGCCUUACCUCCUCAGGCUCUAACUUCAGGAAGGGCUGGGAGAUUCCUGGAGGUGGAUCAGUGGUGCUGGGGCAGGAGCAGGACACUGUUGGUGGGGGGUUUGACCCUUCAGAGGGUUUUGCUGGGCAGGUGGCGGGGUUCAGGGUAUGGAACAGAGUGCUGAGCCCUUCAGAGGUGGAAGGGGUGGCAGACGGGAGAGGUGUGCCCAGAGGGGUGGUGCUUGGCAUGGAAGACAUAAAGGAAGUACAUGGGGAGGUGCAGCAGGUGGCAUGUGAAUGUUUAGAGCACUGUAUUUGA